UAAAUUUGUCGGUUUAUUUAUCUCUUAGGAGCGUUUCCGGCAUACAAACUGCGCAGUGAGACAAGUGAAACCGGGUGAAACCAUCUCGCGUUCGUUGCACUGCGAUGUGUUCUGUUUAUAUCAUCAACGACCUCAGUUUGACGCGCUAGUUUUUUCGUGAUGCACCCUUCCAGUCAGCUUUGUUAAUUACUUGUUUGGUGCUACUAACUGCUCGCCAUGCUGCCCCGACAGGCUCCGUUGGAUAUACUGGACGAUUUGUGUUCUCGGUUUAUCAUCAACAUACCCGAGGAAGAGCGCAAGGACCCGAUACGGCUGUGCUUUCAAGUCGAACUCGCCUACUGGUUCUAUCUGGAUUUCUACUGCCCCGAGAACCCCGCGUAUCCCCAGUGCAACAUGAGGGAGUUCACGCAGAUGAUAUUCCAACAUGUGCCUUCGCUCCAAGAACACUUACCGAACUUGGACGCUAUCAUCGACAGUUGGAAGGAGUACAAAAUGGCUGUGCCGACUUUCGGGGCGAUAGUACUCGACGAAACGCUCGAGCAUGUCCUGCUAGUGCAGUCCUACUGGGCCAAAGCGACCUGGGGAUUUCCUAAAGGCAAGGUGAACGAAGGCGAAGAACCGCACGUCUGCGCCGCGCGCGAAGUUCUAGAGGAGACGGGCUACGACAUCACGCCGCUUCUCUUCAAGAACGAGUUCAUCGAGCGCCAGAUCCACGACCAGGUCACGCGCCUCUACAUCAUCGCUGGCGUGCCAAUGGACACGCAGUUCAGCCCGCGCACACGCAAUGAAAUCAAAAGUAUCGAGUGGUUCGCCAUCGCCGAUCUUCCGUCUCACAAGCGCGACCAGGCGCCUCGAACCACUCUGGGCAUGAGCGCGAACGCUUUCUUCAUGGUGAUGCCCUUCGUGAAACACAUCCGCAAAUGGAUCUUCAACAGCCGCCACCGCCGGUUGCAGCAGCAGCUGAAUGACGGCAUGCCAUCCAUCACAGACACGGAAAAGCUGAAGCAGAAGCAGCAGCAGUAUUUCGCCAGCAUGUAUCAAAACGAACUGGCCGACAUACUGCGCCAGAAAGAAUGCUCGGGGCCGGUGGCGACGAGGAAUGGCAGCGAACAAUCGCCGAGACAUCGGCGAAGUGUGGUGCCGUUGUUCAGCGCAUCGGCCUGGACGAGGUUUUCUCUGGACAAGAGCUCUCUUGCAGCAUGUUUUUGCGCAUGAGUUUUUCUGUGCGGGGGUCAAUUCGAUUUGGUCUGCACUGGCUGUACUAUGUACCAGUAGUGACUGACAGUGUUACGCCCGGGCGAUACGAAUCUAGCAUUGUCGUCACUGCUGUGUCGUCAGCCUUGAAAAUUUUUACAGAAUACAGGGAUUGUGAAAGUAAUUUUUUUUUCUUUAAGUGUCCUCGAGGAUUAUUGAAGCAAAAGGAAGCGGUGUAUAGCUUGCAUGUGUGAUUUCUGCCGCUGCAUCUCGCUCUUAUGUGUUGCAUUAUCCAGCUGUGAGGAGUACUUAAAUUUUUCGCAGCUCUUGCGUUCUGAAAGAGCUUGCCGUCAUUUGUACAAAUCCUGCAGAGGUCCUGCAUGGAAUUCAUAGAGCUCAAUGGCAAAGGUGCUGAAGCAUGUUACUGUGUUACUGGACGUUUCAACUUUUCGUUAUUCAUCAGUGUAUGCAUUACCUAGCUUUACAUUGAACUUCUUUAGGCCAAAUGCCGCUUUGGCAAAGUUCAACCGUCUGAUUCCAAGUUGAAGCUUGGUUCACCUCUUCCUUUCCUUUUUUUGAUUGACUUUUGCAGUGUUCCGAGAACACCUUCAGUUGUUCAUGUGCAUCUGUAGGUUUUGCACCUGCAGUGUAUAAGCACCACUAUGUCAUCAACAAGGCCUUUACUUCAGGUGGCAUUCACAUUGGGGACUGUCAAAAAUUGUUGAGGUUUUGGUAAAAAAAAAAACUAUAAAAGAUUUGCCUCAGCCUGUGCCACCCAUUUGGGAACUGACAGAGGUCACACGGCCAACCGCGACUUUCAAAAGGAGCUACUCAUGGCAAUCAAUGUUCACACUGUCAAGCGUGUCCUUCCUGUUGCCACAUCAAAAUGUCUUUGAGAUCAGUGCAGUUCACGCACGAUGUGCAUUCAUGUCUGCUUGCACUGCCAUCACCACAAAAUAAAUGCCAGAGUGUUCUAACGUUAUGCUCCUGUUCUGCCGAUCAGUUCAGCAGCUUGUCGGGUCUCACACGGGCUCUUGGGACAAAGGAACGACAACACAGUAGUGCAAACAAUCAAAAGGGCAUUUAUUGCACUUUUCAUACACUAAUACACGCUAGCCGAAUUACUACCAAUAGAGCAUUCACAUGGGCGCGCGACAAGUCAAGGAAGUCCGACUCACUGCGACCGGAUAGCGAGCGAAUAUGUUCGCCCCAUGCUAUGACACCAUCGCCUAGUCGUUCACCCAAACGGUGGCACGUUCGAAUGAUCCGUGUUCGUCCAUACCGGUGCCCUGCUCCUAGCCACGCAAGACGGUCUCGCGAAGCGUGGAUCGGCGCACGUGCGGGACAUCCGCAUUGCCCACCGACCCCAACCCGAAAAGGAACAGCCCUUUUGCGCCCGCGUAACCCCCCCCCGCUGUCAGGUGGCGUUAGCAGCGCAACACUAGCGCCAUCUCUCGCAAUACACUGCAACACUCCGCCGCCGUAAAGCUACGCGGCGUAGCCGGAUUACAGGAGAUGGGAGCCGUGCGGGGAAAUCAGGGGGACGCGUGAGAGUCGCGCAUCCUCACAAGCUUUGUGACUACAAUAGCAAAGCUCGAGAAUCGGUCAAUGGGGAAACCCCACUGGUUUAAUUGCAGGGAGGUCAGUGCAACCCCCAGGCCAUAUGAUGUAGUAAAGUAGGCCUUGAUUUCACAUACACACACACAAAAAGGGUUUGGCUAAGUAAAACAAGACCCAACUUCCACGCACCCACUCAAAGUACAGUUCCAGGACUUGAAGUUGGUCACUGUUCGACCAAAGCAACCAUUGAUGACCGUUGUUACCAACUUGGUAGUGCUUGACUUCUGCAACUUAUCUGUUUGAAUGCCGCCGCCUAACGCUUUCAUAAACACACAGCCUUCAAAGGUGCUUGGUGGGAAUUCCUGUGUCCUCAAUGGCAUGGUAUUAAACAGUAGUUUGCAUUCAUUGUUGCACAGUACCUUUCAGUUUUCUUUGGAAAAUGUGUCGUGGCAGUGGCAAUAAAGGGACUGUGUUAUCGCACUGAUAGAAAAAGAAUGACAGUAGCAUCUUGCUUCUAGCACAUUGCACUGACAGCCCUUCCUCUAGGUACAUGACACAGCACCUAGUGUCAGAUCGCGCUACAGUUCUUGAAGUAGCAGCAGAUUGUUGAAUGCUCAAAAAGAAGUGUUAUAACCAUGUGUUAUUGCUUAAUUCUUCGUCUUUCUUACUUGUGCCAUUUCCGCUGUGAACUUAUUUGUUCCAUAUACGCUGUUUCAUAUAGUAAUUUAACCUGGACACUUUUAUUUGUAACCUAUUUGUGCAUGUUAUUUUGGUACGCCUGUGAAAAGCAGAGUGCCAUUCCUUGCAUGUAGGACAGCAUGUGGCUAAAGUUUGUGCCUCCUUUUGUUGAGAGAAUAGUGCUAAAUGGGACAGGGAUCUAAAACAGGGUGGACAAGUACUACCUUCCAACUCAGUUCAUUCAAAACUUGGUAAUCCUUACAAAUCUAACAGAAAAAACAACGACCAGAGAGAAAGGAUAACAUCGAUUAAGCCACUACUGCAAUUUGAAACGGGUGGUGUCCACUUUCCUUCUGGUUUAAACUUUGCAUCGGGUCAUUUGUUUUAUGCCACUGUAUGUUUCAGCAUCACAAACAAUGAAGUAAACAGAAAAAAAAUGCGCAGUUUGCCAAAGCAAGUCCUAUGUAUAGAUCUUGUUAUGUGACAUGUCUUGGCAACUCUGCAUUUCAAAGUGCUUCACUAUUGGACAGAUCGGACCAUUAGAGCAAAUACGCGGAAAACAGGUUUGAUAUUUUGAACGGCCUGAGCGAUGUCUUGAUGUCAGUGUUAUACCUCUGAAUGUGGACAUUCUGCCUUGUUAAACAAAGUUGUGCCAAGUACAGUUCUUGUAGAAAUUGUCAAUUUCUUGCAGCUUUUCCAAUUGAAAACUUGCGUGAACAUAAGCUGCAAAACUUCAUAUUCUUCACAUUCUUGCAAUGUACAUUUUACGGUGUAGAAGAGUGGAGUUUGUUCGGUUCUCUCUUUUUUUUUUUUUGCAUGUCGGUGAAAGUAUAACAUAUUAAGCAAUGCUUCUUUGCCAUUGGUGUUUGUGCUUUUGAGAAUACUGCUGUUAAAAGCUGAAAAGCUGGCACAGUUUUGGAGCUUUCUCAACUCUACUUAUCAUGGCACUUGAUGACACAGAGACGCUUAAUUACUUGUGUUUUAUACAUUUAUGUAACAAUUUCAGUAUUAGUAUGUAAGCAAAUGGGUGAUAGUUACUAGCCAGUUCACACAGAGUUUGCACUGUCAUUCUGUGAAAGCUCGUUUUUAAAAGAAAGUUAUGCCAUAUUCUUUGUCAUUUGCAAAUGUAGGUAACAGGUCAUUGUUGUACAGCCAUCAUGGUUGCAGCAUCACAGGGCAACCUUGACACAUUUGCCAUACUUCAUUGGCUUAUGGGCUACUCGUUUAGAGCCUUUCUAUAAGCACUGGAUAAAAUCGAGUAGUCACAUUGUGCAUACUUGCAUCAUGUGUUGAUACUGAAUACAGUUGAAACUCGAUUUAACGAAGUGAUGGACCACGCUCGCAUUAUUUCGUUAAAUUGGGAAGUUCGUAAAACCGAGAAAAGGUAUUUUUCGAUCCUUAGAAAUCUAAAAUUGUAACGUUGCAACACCCAAAAGCUACCGCGGCAUUGUGUUUGGCGCUAACUUACGCCCGUGCAUGUGGAAAGUGCGCGGGGGUGAUCUGAAUUGCUUGUGUGAUGUAGGCCAGGUAGACCGUCACAUGAAGCUAUGACGGGCCGCCGAUAUGCAAAGACGUGGAGAAUGAAUGCAGUGAUUGUGCGAGCAGGCCGAGCAAGAAAGUUGCGAGGAGACGAUCAGUGCCAUCUGUUGCGUAAACCAUGAAAUAACGAAAGCAACCACUGCUGCCUCUAGCACCAUCUGGUACGUAAAAGUGCUACCAACUGCUGAGUUCGUUCUGUGCAUGGGCGUGGCAUGCAGUCUCGUCAAAAUAAAGGUAGAGCCAUGACUAGGGCGCCUAGAUGUUUUAACGCGAUAGCAUUAGAGCACACGUUUGAAGAAAAAUCUGUCUGUGUCAAAAUUAGUAAGAGAUCGCCGCUUUUUUUUACUAAUUUAUUUCAGGAAAAACUUUGUUAAAUCGGGUUUGGUGGCCAUUAGUUUUGUUAAUUCGAGUUGAUGACAACAUUGAACCCUAUGGGUACUUGCCGGGGAAUGGAGAUUUAUUCAUUAGAUCGGGAACUUCGUGAAGUCGGGUUUUGUUAGAUCGAGUUUCAACUGUAAAUUCUUUUUUAAGCUUUACCGGUCUGGUAGUUAUGUGCCAUUGCCUGGCAGCAGUUGAAGCACCUCAUAUUAUUGCUUACAAUUAAACCAGUGAAGUGAGCAUUAGGACCGUACAACAACUGAUGUUGGUUAAGUGACUGCAAUUGCACUUGAACCUGAUGAAACCUGUCAGUUCAACAGCAAGCUGGUUGCUUUGCACCAGGGUGAGCUAUUGUGGUGUUACCGAGCUCCGUGGUAGUGACUACAGUAGCAAAUUAAGUUUCCGAAGUGAUGUGUGGUGAUCUCUUCACCUACUUGGCAACGCAUUAGCAAAGUGUGCGUCGUAGUGUGCUCUUGUAGUAGCAUCAACACCGUUGUCCACUGUAGUUGAUUUUGCCGUUUUUUAUAUGUACUGGUAGUUUUGCAACUUUUAAUAAGACUGGGUGGAGACAUGCUGUGAAAGCAACUGUGUGCCCAUAGUGGCAAUAUUGCAAGCUGCUGUCAAGUGCCUAUGGUCUCGUUUUGUUGGAGAAUUCUAGCUUGAUAUAUAUUCAAGUGUACAUGCAUUCCUGUAGCUGUACUAUUGUCAUGCAGUAGUGCUGAAACCUUGUGAAGCUUUGUUCUGAGUAUAAUGUGGCAGCGCCACACCUACCAACAGUCUUCUUUACUAGUAUUGUCAACGAUGGUCACACAGCAUGAUAGCAUGUCUUCACCUAUUUUGUUUAAAUAUGUCACAAGAUGUGGUUAUUAGUGCUGCAGCUUUGAAAAUCCCUCUUGGCAGGAUGGCCGUCAUGGCAAUGCUGAUGGCAUGUCUAACUCUUGGUGGAAUGUUUGGAAUGCUGGGUGUCUGACAACUUCUUUUGCUGGAUGUGCUAUUUGAAGGAGGCAUGCUUUUGACAUCCACAAUUUUUCAUGCACAGGCUGCAAUAUAAUUUAAAUUACUCUGUUGACUUAUUCCAUUGUGUGAGCUAUCACUCUUGCCAUCCAAGUCUCUGUGACAGGUUAUUGUUUAUUUUUACACUGCUACUUAACACAGUUGUGGCGUUCUUGAAUACCUUUCUGGGAUAUGAAAAUGAUGCCAAGGGGAGUGUGUAAUCACAAACCAAAAGUUUAGUGAAUUCUUGGGCACUUUUAAAUGACAAAUUUUUUUGCUAAGGAAUUACAGAGUGUGAAAUUGUGGAAAGGGGCUUCUUCAUUGAUUAAAGUUUGAUGCAACGAAGAUGGCUAAUCCCAUGCUUUAUUGGGAAACAAGGGCACAGGAGUACACACUGCUGCCACACUUCCGUACAUCAGUAAAGUUUGGCAAUGCUCAUUCACUCUUGCACAUCAGUAUUUUCAGAUAUGCAUUUAAUGAUCACUCACAUUUAUGGAAUUGGCAUGAGUGAGUGCAUUCAUGAAUGUGCUUGCCUAUCACAUUUAUAAUGAACACUUUUUAGGUGCUUGCACUUUUGGGCAUUCUUUUGCAUUCACCGUCAUGUGUGCUCACUCUCAUAGGAACUUUAGAAGUAGCACAUCUGAACUCGAGGGGGGGGGGGGGGGGGGGGGGUGCUGGCUCAUACGCACUCUUGCUUCUCCAGCUUCAACCUGUAACCUUCAGCUUUAGAAGCACUUGAUAUGCAAGCUCUGUGAUUUAAGCAGUUGCAGUUGUGGCAUGAAGCCCAUUUCCAGAAUUUCUUCAAAAGGUAAUUGUUUUCAGUUUUGCUACAUAUGUUGCCAACUAAAUGAACUUAGUAUUGGUGCUGUCAGACUCACGUGACAAUGAAAGCAGCACAAUUUGUGUUCUAAUUGUUACAUCACAGCAUACUUGACAGGGGAACAGCGCAAAAACACGAGAGACAAGAAGGGAGACACACACCAGCGCUGAGUUCCCCCCUGACGAGUAUGUACCAACUAGCCCAAGCCUCUACGGUGUUGCAGUUUACAUCAUCAGCAGUUUUUUUUUUUUUUUUUCCAGUAAAUUUUGCUGGUCAAUUAGAGGCUUUGAGCUGAUACGUGUUGCUCAGCUCUCUGGAUGAUGUGUCUAACCUUGGCGCAUUUACUGUGAGUGAAUAAAGUGAUUUGAUGACAUUA